GACGACGACGACGACGACGACGACGACGUCGACGACGACGACGACGACACCCAGCAGCUGAUCAUUUAGAGACACACAGGCCGCGGAUCCGCCGGAGUCACUUGCGCGCGAGAGACGCGAGAGAGUGAAAAGGCCGCACAAUUGGCCUUUCGUCAAUUCUUCCCCCUUCCCCCCUACUGACGACAGUACCUACGCGACGACAGGAUGCCCGGCUUCCAAAGGAGACAGAUGAUGCAACCAUGGCCCCUAUGCCUGCCGCCCUUCGCGAAAACGAAGGAGCGCAGCGUUUUACCCAAAUAUCCGAGGGUUUCCCCGGUCAUCAGACCUUCGCCGUCCAGUUCUGGGUCCACCCUAGACUGUUCAUCGAACACCACCCUCGUGACCAACACCAGUCCCUUCAACAGCCAGACCGCCCUUAUCACCGAGAAAAGAUACUUCUCCGGCGACACCGGCAAGGGAUCCAAUCACUACUAUGCCGAGAACUUGAGGAACAAUCAUCAAAAGGCUUUAAACAGGUCGCGGAUCUAUGAUCCGCUCAAUAAAAAUCAAGACGUCGAUUACAAGCAGCUAGAUCCACUACUACCGAGCGAACAAAAUUCAAGCAUCAACAUCCUCAUGGAUCCCCCAGACGUGAAAGAACCGAAGGAUUCGCAAGAACCAUUGCCAUCCUUGGAGUUCAAAAGGGAACCCGAACAAUCAUGGUUACGAUUUGCCGCCCAGAUAUUAGCUGCAUUAUCGGUGUCGUUGGGUUCAAUGCAAGUUGGCUAUUCGUCUUCCUAUACAUCGCCAGCGCUGGUGUCCAUGCGUGAUAAUGCUACAGCAAGCUUCGAAGUCACCAAACAGAUGAGCAUGUGGAUUGGGUCACUUAUGCCAUUGAGUGCACUUGUCGGUGGCAUCGCUGGAGGACCGCUCAUCGAAUAUAUAGGAAGGAAAAAGACAAUACUUGCUACAGCGUUUCCAUUUAUCGGAGCAUGGCUCUUAAUCGCGAUGGCUCAAAAUGUUCCGACGAUAUUGGCUGGGCGUGCAAUAUGCGGUUUUGCCGUAGGUGUUGCUUCUUUAGCGUUACCUGUGUAUUUAGGCGAAACGAUACAGGCAGAAGUGCGUGGUACUCUUGGUUUAAUGCCCACCGUUUUUGGUAACACCGGAAUAUUACUAUGCUUCGUAGCGGGUAUGUAUCUGGAUUGGAGAAAUCUGGCGCUGUUAGGUGCGAGUUUACCACUACCAUUCUUGAUUUUGAUGUUCAUAAUUCCGGAAACGCCAAGAUGGUACAUUUCCAAGGGGGAAACAAAGAGAUCCCGAAAAGCUCUUCAAUGGUUGCGCGGUAAAGACACAGACAUAACGGAUGAGUUGACUAUGAUCGAGAAAUUACAUCAGGAAUACCUCGACAGCGAGCGAAAUAUUUCCCAAAAUCUAAUCUCAGAAUUGAUGAAAAGUAAACACUUCAAACCUCUUCUCAUUUCUUUGGGUCUAAUGUUGUUCCAACAAAUGUCUGGCAUCAACGCGGUGAUAUUCUAUACGGUGCAGAUUUUCCGAGACGCUGGUAGCACAAUUGAUGAGAACCUUUCGACCAUAAUCAUUGGGUUAGUGAAUUUCAUGUCCACCUUCGUCGCCGCGUCUGUAAUCGACAAGCUGGGCAGGAAGAUGCUGCUGUACAUAAGCGCCGUGUUGAUGGCCCUGACCCUCUUCUCCCUUGGCGGAUUUUUCUACGUGAGGUCAAUGGAUGUGGACGUGACGGCCUUCGGCUGGCUGCCACUGGUCAGUUUGAUCGUGUACGUGAUAGGCUUCUCAUUGGGCUUCGGGCCUAUUCCUUGGCUGAUGAUGGGUGAGAUCCUGCCCGCCAAGAUCCGUGGCUCCGCCGCGAGCAUCGCGACCGCCUUCAACUGGAUGUGCACCUUCAUUGUAACAAAGACCUUCGAGGAUGUCAUAGGAGUGAUCGGUGCGCAUGGCACCUUCUGGAUGUUCGGCAUAAUCGUCGUGAUAGGCUUCUUCUUCGUGAUCGUCAGUGUACCGGAGACUCGCGGCAGGUCGCUCGAGGAGAUCGAGAAGAGGUUCACAGGUCCAACUAGAAGGAUGAGCGCAGUCGCCAAUAUGAAACCGACGCCGAUGUCGUGUUAGCUGCUGAACUUCCGAUCGCGACGCGCGAUAAAGAAAUUCGUUCGAGUAAAAAAUAGGAUUCCUUACGGUGUCCUUCUAAGGGAAAGAUUCCCUUACAGAUAUGCUUUCCCUUAAAGGGAAAUUCGAAGGAAAGUUCAGGUUCGAAGGUUAUACUUCUCUCUUCUAUGUAAAGAGAAGCGUCUGUUCUUCCUUCUUGGCUUUUCCUACUUUACUCUUAUUUCCAAGACGUUCGGCUCCCUUUUCGCGAGAUAUAUUUGUUAUAAUAAAGUUAGAGCGAAAGAGUGAUUCGGAAAUAACCGAUAAAAGAUAGAAAUCGAUCGUAGAUCUGAAUAGCAUGUAGAAAUACGCGGACAGAAGUGCUUCUCAUAAAAUUCACAUCUCUUUAAACAAGUUGAAGAGGCACACGAUUGGGUGAAAAGUUCUAUCAAUUGAGAAAUUUAGUGCAAUAGCGAUUUCGUAAAAGAUCUAUAUUUUAAAAAAGUUGCUUAACAUAAUUCCUCGACUGUACUUUUAAACAGAAUCUUACGAUAUAAGA